AUGAAGUUGAUUACAUUCGAACUCGCUUCGACGUUGGUCCUGCUAUUGCUGCCGAGCUCGACCGAUGCACGACCGGCGGCCGCUGCGGCGUCGAUCGCAGCAGUCAAGACCGCGCCUGGCGUCAUCGAACUUCCUUUACAACGCUUGUCGAAACGCACCCGAACGAGGGACGAGUUCUUGGCCAAGGCGAAUUUCAUGAGAGCGAAGUAUGGCUUCGACACAUCAAGCACGACAGAGUCGCGAUCCAAGGUCAGUGCUUCGCCUCGGCUUUAAACAGGUUACGUCGCGUCGGAAUUAGUUGCUGCGAGCACCCAGGUGGCGCGGCACCGCCUCGGAGUCCGAGAUCUUGGACGGGCUGCCUUUGAGACACUCGCUGGCAUUUGACCACCCCGAGCCUUCUGCGCCUUUUCAAACCUGCACCAAAAAUUGAUCCGUACUGACAUGAUUUUCGGUCCACUGGCUUGUGAUAUCUACAGAGACGAAGACGCGCCGCUGGAACGGUGACGAUGACGGCCUUCCAGGACGCCGAGUACGUUGGAACCAUCUCUAUCGGGACGCCCGCCGAAUCGCAUUCCGUCAUCCUCGACACGGGGUCGGCUGACCUCAUCAUGGCAGCCGAUGAUUGCAAGGGAUGCGCGGCGACGACGAAUGGGUACUCGGCCGCGGAUUCUUCUUCGUCAACGAGCACGUCAACAUCUUUUUCGAUCACCUACGGCAGUGGAGACGCAUCGGGUACGCUCGUCAAAGACAAUGUCACAAUUUCUGGGUACACCGUCGCUUCACAAACUUUUGCGUCGUGUACGACGAUGGACAACCUUGUUGCUGGCAACAUCAGCGGCCUGCUCGGUCUCGGGUGGCAGGGGCUUGCGACCUCAGGAGCGGUGCCCCUCGUUCAAGCAUUGGCCAACAGCGGUGACCUGCCUUCCAAGGUCUUCGGGUUCCAGUUCAAAUCGUACGCUUACGACAAGCUGACGAGUGACUACAUGACCGGCGGCAAGAUGACGAUCGGUGGCACCGACACCUCGGCGUACUCCGGCGACAUCAACUGGGUCAACAUCGACUCCAGCAAGACGUACUGGCAAAUUCCCCUCGAUACCAUCACCGUCGGAGGCACGGAUCUUGGCAUCUCGGCCGAUAAUGUCGUCAUUGACACGGGGACGACUUUGAUCGGGGCGCCUGUCGCAGCUGUCGCCGCCAUCUAUGCUCAAAUCAGUGGCGCCGCAGCCGUCUCGCUCAGCGGUUCUUCCGGUUAUUACUCUAUCCCCUGCAGCGGCACCUACAACGUCGCAUUCACGUUUGGUAACGUCAGCUAUGCAAUCCCAUCCGAUGCCUUCAACACUGGCCAAUACGACUCGAGCGGAAACUGCCUCGGUGCCAUCUUUGCGCUCACCUCCAGCAGCAGCACUGGCACCGGUUCGAGCUCACUGCAGUGGAUCAUCGGCGAUGCCUUCUUGACGGGUGUCUACUCGGCAUACCGCUUCUCCUUUCCUGCGGCUGUUGGUUUCGCCACACUUGGUUCGGGUGGAUCGGCGGCCUCUGGAAGCAGUUCGUCGUCUUCAUCGACCGACUCCUCUUCAAACAAGUCGAUGACUUCGGGCUCGACUCGCUCGGCCUCCUCUUGGACGGUUUACCCCUUUGCCUUUACGCUGGGUCUCCUUUCUUUGAUCUUGUCCACCGGAUUUGGACCUGGUGAUGGUCCCAAAAUAUAG